UAAACAUGGACACUUCUUUCCGGUGAAAAUGUUGCCACGUUCCUUGAGAAGAUAUCGGAUCCCAUGGAAAUAUUUAGCACUGUUAUCAGUAUUGACUGUAGGAAUAUAUCUCUUUUUCCAUAAUGAUAAAUUUUCACAUAUCAGAAAUGACGAAUUGUUGGCGUUUAGGAAGAAACGCUACUUGGACUACAAGACGUCUGAGAGUAAAAGGACAGGCCCUGGUGAAAGAGGAAAAGCUGUGAUUUUAGAAGGAGAAGAAAAAGCUCUUGGAGAAAAACUGUAUAAAAAAGAAGCUUUCAAUAUCAUUGCUAGUGAUAAAAUAUCAUUACAACGGUCUGUACCUGAUACGAGGGAUGCUGGGUGCAAAAAUAUAAGGUAUCCUAAAGAAUUACCUACAGCUAGUGUGAUAAUCAUAUUUCAUAAUGAAGCAUGGUCUCCAUUGUUGAGGACAGCUCACAGUGUUGUUAACAGAUCGCCACCAGAAUAUCUUCAUGAAGUUAUUUUAUUGGAUGAUUUUAGUGAUAGACCUGAAUUAGGAGACAAGUUAAAAGAGUAUGUUGCUAAAACCUGGCCUGAUGGUGUUGUAAAAAUUGUCAGGACCAAACAAAGAAGUGGGUUGAUAAGAGCCCGUCUGGCAGGAGCCAAGGCAGCUACUGGAGAUGUUAUAAUAUUUCUAGACUCUCAUUGUGAAGCUUCAGAGAUGUGGUUAGAGCCACUCCUUGCCAGAAUAAAAGAAGAUAGAAGGGUUGUCCUAUGUCCCAGUAUAGAUAACAUUGAUAAAAUGUCAUUAAGUUAUGGUGGAACUGGAAGUUCUAGUGUCGGAGGUUUCUGGUGGAGUUUACACUUCUCAUGGCGUCCUAUACCUAGCCAUGAAAAGAACAGGAGGAAGUCUUCAGUUGAUCCCAUUAGAUCUCCUACAAUGGCUGGAGGACUGUUUGCUGCUGACAGGAAAUAUUUCUUUGAGCUUGGAUCCUAUGAUCCUGGUAUGGAUGUGUGGGGAGGAGAAAAUUUAGAAAUUUCAUUUAGAACAUGGAUGUGUGGUGGAAAAUUAGAGUUUAUACCUUGUUCCAGAGUUGGUCAUAUAUUUAGAUCUAGUCACCCUUACACAUUUCCAGGAAAUAAAGAUACACAUGGCAUAAAUUCCAUGAGGUUGGCAGAAGUGUGGAUGGAUGAGUAUAAAAGAUUAUUUUAUAUGCACAGGAAAGAUCUCUUAGGCCAGGAUUAUGGAGAUAUAUCUGGAAGAAAAGAAUUAAGAGAAAACUUAAAAUGUAAAAGUUUUAGAUGGUUUCUGGAAAAUGUGUAUCCAGAAAAGUUCAUACCAGAUGAAAAUGUGUAUGCCUGGGGUAUGGUACGGAAUCCAGCCACUAACUUAUGUUUAGACACGUUACAGAAAGAUGAGAAGAUAACAUUUGAUAUGGGUUUAUUUAGUUGUCAGAAUGGUGCAAGUGCUAAUGAGGUAUUUUCUAUAAGCAUUGAUAAUGAACUACGUAGAGAGGAAGGUUGUCUAGUACACCAUUCUGGUAAUAAUGUACCAUUAGAAAACUGUAAUGGAGCAAAAAGUCAUAAAUGGGUCCAUGACAAGGAAAAGGGAACGAUAAAGCACAAGGAGUCAGGGAAAUGUUUAGAUGUGGCAGGAGUGAAGUCGGGUGGAACUGUUGUGGUCAACCCAUGUAAUGGUAAAGACUCACAAAUUUGGACAUUUGAACAUUAUCUCAAUUUAUGAUUGACCAUGGUACACUUAAUUGUUGGAAUUUGUUAUAUAUGCUUUCAGGGAAUCAUACAGUAAAGGUGUAGACUAUGUAAUGCUAGAUUUAUAUCUGUGAUUUAUGAGGGGGUUUUGAGUAUUAGUGUAUAUUCGUGUAAAUUCAUGUACAUUAACAAUACGAUUUUAGAGUCAAUCCAAGCCAUUUUUAUUUACAAAUUUUUUAAAGUUUUGUAAAAUAAUGUGAAUGUUUUGUGUAAAUUAAUCUUAUACAGUAGACUCCACCUAAUCGGAUAUUGGCUAAACAAAUAUAUCGGCUAUUGUAAUAUUAUUUCAAAACACCAAACCCUCUCCUUUAAUGAAAAUUUUAAUAUUUAAAAUUUGUUGUCAAUAUACAAUAUUUUUCAUUCCAUGUGACUUGAUGUUGAAUCUGUACGAUCUAAAAGAUUCACUUCAUUACUACCACAAUUCUUUUUUGUUAUAUGUUUAGUGUAAAUUUUAUCUUGUAAUCAAAUAUCCAAUAUAAGAUUAUUUCCGCAAAUUUGAUAGGAAUAUUCACGGAAAUUUUAUCAAAACCAUAUACAAUCGGAUAAUUUAAAUUUUUUUAGACAGGAAGU